UAUUGUAGAUGUUACCAUAUUUUCAUAUAAACAUGAUCAAAUUUAAAUAGGUUUGACUUAGGAUAAGCCUAACUCUGUACUAAUGAAAGUUCUGCACAUAAAAUGUGUACAAUUUUCCACUCAUACAGUAGUAUAGAAAAACCAGUAGCUAGUGAUAAAUGUUUCUUUUUCUCCAGCUUUAUCUGAUCUCAGCCAUCCGAUGCGCAUCCAACGGCUCACGUUAAUCACAAGCUUUCAAAUAUUCAAAUAAAGCCUUCUCCCCUCCACGCGGCGAGAAAAAAAAAAAGAAGAUAAAAAUGGCGCCGCCGCCUCACCUCCUCCCGCUCCUCCUCGGCCGCCUCGUCGUCUCCGGCGACCUCCGCCGGAGCCCCGCCCACCUCCGCCGCAUCGUCCCGCUCCUCCCUUCCCACCCCCACCUCGCCGCCGCCCUGUGCGCCGUCCAUUUCCCGCUCUUCCCCUCCUCCUCCGCCACCUUCCUCCACAACAUCCUCAUCCGCGCCUCCGCCUCCUCCGCGUCCCCGCGCCUCUCCUUCGCCGCCUUCUCCUCCCUCCUCCGGUGCGGGCUCGUCCCUGACAGGUUCACCUUGCCGCCCCUCCUCGGUUCGGCGGGUAAGCUCCCGGCCUUCCCGCGCACGGGCGCGCAGGUGCACGCGCAGGCCGUCCGGCGCGGGUUCUUGGCGGAUGUCUUCGUCGUCAACGCGCUCCUCGCGAUGUACGGCGCGCUCCGGGACGCGGCGUCGAUGCGGGAGGUGUUCGGGUCGUGCGCCGGGGUCGCGGACGUGGUGUCGUGGAACACGGUGAUCGGUGGCUACGUGAAGUGCGGGGAGAUGGAGAGUGCCAAGAGGGUGUUCGACGAAAUGCCACGGAGGAAUGGGGUGUCCUGGAGCACCAUGGUGGGGGGCUAUGCCGCGGCCGGGGAGCUGGAUGUGGCAAGGGAGAUGUUCGAUCGGAUGCCAGCUAUUGGGAGGAAUGUCGUGACAUGGAACUCCAUGGUGACAGGAUUCGCGCGCCACGGGCUGCUGCCGUUAGCGAGGAAGAUGUUCGAUGAGAUGCCAGUCAGGAAUCUGGUGUCAUGGAAUGCAAUGCUCCGGGGUUAUUCAGUGAACAGCGACAUGGAUGGCGCGAGGGAGUUGUUCGAUGUCAUGCCAGAGAAGGAUGUGGUUUCCUGGACAUGCAUGAUUUCAGGGUAUGCUCAGGCUGGACGCUAUCAGGAUACCCUUGAGCUGUUUCGCGCAAUGCAGACUGAGAGCAAUGUACAGCCGAAUGAGGUGACCAUGGUGAGUGUGCUUUCAGCAUGCGCAAAUUUAACAGCACUGGAAGAAGGAAGAUGGGUCCAUGCCUUCAUCGACAAGCACAAAAUGGUGCUCAACAACGAGUACAAUCUUGGUGCUGCUCUUAUUGACAUGUAUGCCAAGUGCGGGAGAACUGACAUUGCUGUCAAAAUUUUCAACUCCCUGGACCGAAAGAACGUCUCGGCCUGGAACGCGCUCAUCACCAGGUUGGCAAUGAACGGCAAUGCUCGGGAUUCCGUAGACGCAUUCGAACAGAUGAAGAGAACGGGUGAAAAGCCGAACGACAUAACGUUUGUCGGUGUGCUCACAGCUUGUUCCCACGGUGGGCUGGUGGAUGAAGGUCGACGGUGCUUCCAGAGCAUGGCGUCUACCUGCGGAGUGCAGCCGGAGGUGAAGCACUAUGGUUGCAUGGUUGACAUGUUAGGCCGAGCAGGGCUUCUUGAAGAGGCAGAGGAGUUGAUCCGGAGCAUGCCGAUGGCACCCGAUGUCAUGGUUUUCGGCGCUCUACUGGGUGCCUGUCGAAUGCACAAGAGAUUUGAUGUGGCUGAAAGAGUUCAGAGUGAGAUCCAUAGCCUCAAUCUCAACGCCCAGCAGUCUGGCUGCCAUGUUUUGAUUUCUGACAUUUAUGCUGCUGCUGGUAAAUGGUUCGAUGUUCUGGAGGCGAGGCAAGUUGUGCAGAGGUCUGGCAUCAGGAAAUGGACACGAUAGGUUUAAGAUUCUUGCAGAAGCCUGAUAUUGACUUUACGCUUUUGAGCAAUGGAAGUGGUGGCACUGGUGGGUAUAUUGCUUAAUGCUUACAAGUUAUCGGAAAUGUGGUUAGAACAUCACAACUCAUAAGCCCCAGAUAGCAAAAUACUAUGCUCGUUAUGCUUCAGAGCUGA